CGCAGCUGUUGCGAUGAAUUAAAAAAAAAUGGCCAAAACCUUGUAAAAAGCAAAACCCACUCGCCACUAAUCGACGCCAUUGGCGAGAGCUCGAGCGCGCAACACCACCACGCGGUAGCCUCCCCCAACCUCCACCUCCUCCUCCUCCGCCCGCCCCAGAGCCACCGGAUGGCCUCGCUUCUGUAGGAGUAGAGGCGUAGAGCCCAGCGCGAGGGAAGGCGGCGAUUGAUUUGAUUUGACCAAGAUUGGUCGGCCGUGCCGUCUGGUCUGAGGAGCCCGGCUCUGGGGGAUGGCGGCGGUGGCGGGGGGAUCGCGCGCGGCUCCACCGGCGGAUUCCGCUGCCGUGGCGGCGGUGGCGAAGGAGGCGGAAUACCAGAAGGGCGUGCAGAAGCUGGUGGACCUGCUGUCCAAGCUGAACCCGGCUGCCAAGGAGUUCGUCCCCUCGUCGGCGGCGGUCUCGUCGCCGUCCAGGAAGGCGCUGUCGGCGGACGCGCCGGUGUUCGACUACAACUCGAUCGGAGGCUGGAACGGGGGCGGCAAGGAAUCCGGCGCCGACGCCUACCAGCAGCGUCGGAGGAGGAAUGGAUACCUCAGUCAAGGAAGGAGGAGGAUGAACGAGAGAGCAAGGCAUGCAGACAGGGAAGACAGCAUUCGGCGAACUGUUUAUGUUUCUGAUAUUGACCAUACUGUGACGGAGGAGAGACUUGCUGAUAUAUUUGCUAACUGUGGGCAAGUCGUUGACUGCAGAAUCUGUGGUGAUCCACACUCAGUUCUAAGGUUUGCAUUCAUUGAGUUUGCUGAUGAAGAGGGCGCAAGAACUGCACUUAACCUUGGUGGCACAAUGCUUGGUUUCUACCCUGUUAGAGUCUUACCUUCAAAGACAGCUAUAUUGCCUGUGAAUCCAAAGUUCCUUCCUAGGACGGAGGAUGAGAAGGAAAUGGUCAUAAGAACUGUUUAUUGUACAAACAUAGAUAAGAAGGUUACUCAAUUAGAUGUAAAGAAUUUCUUUGAAGAACUUUGUGGUGAGGUCUCUCGUUUGAGACUUCUAGGGGAUAAUGUACAUUCUACAAGGAUUGCUUUUGUUGAGUUUGUCCAUGCCGAGUGUGCCAUCAUGGCUCUGAAUUGCAGUGGGAUGAUUUUGGGUACACUGCCUGUCAGGGUGAGCCCUUCUAAGACACCGGUGAAGCCACGUUUAAAUCGAGUGGCGUCGAACUGACCGCUUGAGCCAAGCUGGAUUGUUUACGGGAAGAUCGCUUAACCAUCACCUAUAGCCUUCCGCGAUCCAGCGAAUUGUGAUGCUUUUUUCAUUCACCCCUUUUGUCGAAAACUGUUGGAAGGAACUGGUUAAAUCAGAUCCUUGGGAGUCCGAGUCAGCAUCUAUGUCUGAGAGUUUAUUCAUCAUGAUGGAGAACAACCAAUAGACUAUCCGCCACUAGAUUAAUUUCUUUGGCUCCCGAUUUUUUUUCCUUCUUUUUCUCAGUGCUACAACUGUUAAAACUGAAUCGAUAUUUAACGUCUUUAGUCUUCACUUGAGGACAAUCUCAGUGUCGUUUAUAA